ACAUAUUGUCCUGACCUGACGAAUUAGUAUGACUGCAUGUUCGGAUAUUUACUGCAUAAGUAUCUGUAGAUAUGAAUGUGAGACUCUCAGAUAUUAGAAAACAAUGAAAUUUCAUCAUGUAAAAAGGACAGCUUAUCUGUUGUGCAUCCUAGCAGUGGUGUGUGACGGGAGUUGGAAAGUAGGUGUGAUAUAUCAAAUUGAUGAGUGGAGAGAUUUGCACAAACCAAACAAUUUGACAAGUGUUUUCGAGAUCUCAAAAGAUUACAUCAAUGGCACAAAUGCUUUAACUGCCGCACAAAAGGUUUACAACAUAUCUUCGGAUGGAGUAUUUGGAAUUAUAGCAUUCACGUCCUGUGUCAUGGCCCCAGUGAUAAAAAGCCAAGCCAAUGACAUGCACACUCCCAUCAUAAACAUUGUCAAACAUCACUGUCCAGCGGAUCAGGGUGGUGUUCAACUAUCUUCUAUUCCAAAUUGCAAUAUUCAAAAUUCAUUAAUCGUCGACAUAACCUUACACAUGCGAUGGCAGCGAGUGAAUAUCCUAUAUGAUUCAUCUGCUGCAUUGUGCAUUCAAGACCUGCUAACGCGCAUGAGUCUGAAGAACGUGUCCAGUAAAGUGACAUUCCUGACUGGUGGCAUUCCUUUAAAUUCAAUUCUGGCAAUCAUCGGUCGACAAUGGAUGAAGGAGGUCAUAUAUGUAUCUACAAGCGAACACACGGCGCUAGAUAUUAUCUCUGCCGCACAGGAAUUGGACAUGUUUAACAGUAGCUAUUACUGGGUUUUGAACCUGCAUCCUCACAAGUUGUGGAAUAGCACUGCUUACAAAUCAGUUCACAAAGGUCAUGUUCUUGUGGUUUCCCCUCAUCGUCAACACAAUGGAACGACUACACACGCCUUACUCUAUGAUGCUCUUUCAAUUUUUCAACGUGUGUUGAAUUUUUCAAGAGGCACGUGUGAUUCAGCGUCAUCAAACAGCGCUCUGCCGUUAUAUCUGACCACAAGACAGUUGAUGAACACACCAUGGAUAAAGGAUUGUGACAUUCUUGGAACUUUGGAGCUUCACGUUUACAGUACAGAUAAGGAAUCAUGGCCACCAUUGCAGGACGUUGCAGUGUAUACUCAAAUGAAUGUUCUGAACAUAUCUGGGGAACGUCUGUACAAAAAUACUUUCAAUGGCUUUAACAACAAGACACUGAAAGUUGUCUCUGUAGUGGGUGAACCAUUUCAAAUGAGAGUAGAUGAAGGCAAUGGUAAAUUUUACUUCUACGGAUUUACAUACGACAUCCUGGAUGAGUUUGCAAAAGAGUUCUCGUUUCGAUACGAGAUUCUGGACUCUGUGGAUGGUCUGUAUGGAAACCCAACAGAAGAUGGCCAAAAUGCCACCGGAAUAGUCGGAAUGGAGGCUGACAUAGGCGUCGCUGGCUUUACAAUAACUAAAGAAAGAAAAGCUGUCGUAGACUUUCUCUAUCCUUUUCAAGAAGAGGGUAUUGGCAUAAUAAUGAAGAAGGUUGAUAACAAGGCUGGAAAAAUGUUCCGGGUCUUCAGUCCGUUUGAAAUGGAUUCCUGGCUUGCUACUACGGCAGCAGUUUUGGUGGCUGGUAUAGUCCUAUCGCUGAUUGUUAAGCUCAGUCCAUUCAAUACCAGUACUGGAUUAAAGGAAAGUGUAUCAAGAAGCUUCUGGUUGGCAUUCUCUACAUUUCUUCACCAAAGUGGAGAAAAAACGCCGAAGUCUGCCUCUGGUCGAAUCGUACUUGGAAUAUGGUGGAUGUUUACAAUCAUAAUUGUAUCUCUUUAUACUGCCAACCUUGCUGCUUUUUUCACCAUAUCCCUGGCCAAGGCACCGAUAGAUAGCCUACAGGAACUUGCCUCCCAAACAGUAUACAAACCAUUGAUCAAACAAGGCUCAAAUCUUCAUACGUUAUUCCAGAACGCAGAAGAAGGACUCUACAAGAAAAUUUGGGAUAUGAUGGCUGACAUGCCUAAAAUAAAAACAGCCGAGGAAGGGUAUGCGAUGAUAGUCAAAGGAAAAUAUGCCUAUCUGACAGAUGAGUCUGAAACAAAGUACAAAGCCAUGUCAGAUUGUAUGAUUCUGGAAGUAGCGAAGGAGACGUUUCACAAAGCAGAGUUGUCGUUCGUUAUAAAUAAGGAAGCAGAAUUCAAAGACGCUUUUAAUAAUCAUAUGCUUAAAAUGGUGGAAGGAGGCAUUGUGGAUAAAUUCAGGUCUAAAUGGUGGCCUCAGAACAACUGUCCUUCAAGCACCACAGCCACCGAACUAGUGUUUGAAAGUACGAGUGGAAUAUUCGUGGUGUAUGGUGGAUUUUUAGUGAUUUCAUUAACUUGCUUUAUUAUAGAAGUUUUACUUAUUCAAGGCAAGAAACAUACUUCGAAUAAGGUUCAGUCUCCACCCAAUGAUAUCAAAGAUAUCUCACUUAUAAUGGUUGAUAUCUAAGGCUCAGUCUCCACCCAAUGAUAUCAAAGAUAUCUCACUUAUAAUUGUUGAUAUCUAAAAAAGAAUUUGAUUCUGUGUAAAGUAUGGGGCAUGAGAUAAAGACCAUAGCUUACUGUACUUUAAAUUGUGGAGCGACUGUUAGCGAAAUAUUGUAAAAAUAUUGUAUAAAUAUAGAAUAAAAUGCUACUGAUUAUGACAGUUAUAAGCAUUAAUUCAUUCCAAUCUCCGAAUUGUUUAUUGGACUUUUAGAUUCGACUUAGUUUGUUUGAUAGUAUAUGGAAUUGCAGCUAAUGUACGAUGUGCAUGAGGUAGCGCUUAUAUUUUGAAUACAUACUAGUUUACAAAAAAAAAAUGAGUUUGAUAGCAAGCUAAUAAAACCAAACAUACCGGUAAAGAGACAUACGAUAUCAUAUACAUAUGUAUGACGGACCUAUCAUAUACAUAUGUAUGACGGACCUAUCAUAUACAUAUGUAUGACGGACCUAUAUGAUGAACAAAGGUGAUAUAUAAUGUAGAUUUGCCUUUAUCAAAUUAUCAUCCUUGUAUACGUCAAAUAAGUUAACGGUUUAGAGGGAAUAGUUUAUUCAAACUUUAUGCCAUUGUAAAGCAUGAAAAGGAAAAUGUUGAGAAUGUUAGUUGGAAAAACUUUCAAAUAUUUUAACAUAAUUUGAACAUCUUCAUUCCUCUUUAAAAUUCCAUUGUGAAUUUUAUCAAACGCCAGUUGUGGUUUUUUUUUAAACUUGUUACUGUGUAUAUAUAAACAAAAGAAAUUAAAUUAAAUUUCAUAUGUACGUACUGUUAAUUGAACGUCAGUUUUGAUAUUUUAAAAUAUACUUAUAUCCAGCUCCAGUAUUCUAUAUUUGAGACCAUGGAUCAGGGACAACACGGCCAAACCAAGUCAUACUCAGACAGACUAUUAUCAAUGUACUAUUAUCAAUGUAGAAUGAUUUUUCGCCAUUUUAUUUAAUGCUGCACACCAUGGUUUUCUUGAUUACAGAAAAUUAAUAUUAACUACAGUAAAAGUCAUUAAAAGUUCAGCAAAAAACUAACUACAUAUUCCGAGUGAACAGAAUCAAACCAAUGGUCAAACACAUUUAUUUAUUUCUGCAGAUUUCAUUAACAUUGGUAUAUCAUUGUACACUAUAACAUCAAUUUUUCUCAAGCUGAUUCUCUUGAGCGAAGUGACUUCCAUGAAAACUACAUGGUUGGACUUUUUAAACUAUAAUAUGAAACGUUGCUACAUCGUCCUUGUAUUUUCACAUCGUUGCUUCAUCGUCCUUGCAUUUUCACAUCAUUGCCCCAAAAGCGAGAGAAUGAAGAUGCGAAUAGCCUGAUCAGAACAUCACACUGGGAAACGAGUUUCUCGGGAUUCCGAGAAACCGUAAAAAAUACUAAAGAACUACGAACGUUAACUAUGGAUUCCCGCCUAAAUUUUUAACUCGUAUAAUUUAAAAAGGCUUUGCAAUUUUGCUAAUGAGAUUUUUUUUAUUGCAAAGUACAAUGCAUUAGUAAUUGAUUAUUAACUUUAACUAAUUGCUUUUAAUUACAACUCCUUUUGAUUAGGGGUAGAGAAAUCUGUUCCUUUAAAUCGGGCUUUAAAACGUUAUACAUUUAAAAUGCUUAUUCAUACAAAUAAAAAACCAUUUAUUUAGUCAAAUUAUUUUACAUUAUUGAGUAAGGAAUGGCUAAUCUUCAUAAUUCAUAGUUUAACCUCAUUUCCAUGAAAUGAAUUUUGUAAUAAUUGAGAAAUAGGAGAUGAAUUCCAUUUCAUUUUACAGUCUCCAACUUUUUCACAAUUAAGGAAAAAAUACAUAGACAAUUUUUUUUAUGAAAGACCAAAUGUUCUCAAGUUUUCUAAUCUAUUGUCAACUCAAGAUAAGAAAAUAUUAAGAAAUCUCUGUGUUUUUAUUUCUCAUAUUUUUGAGAUUGUUUGUUGUUGUUCGUAAUUGUUCUUCUGCUACCCCUUAAACGCAUUACUAUUAUGUUUAUUUAUACAUACAUUGUAUUUCAUGUUUCCCUCUGGUAACUAAGAAAGCUGUAUUAUUCCAUAUAUGAACCUCUGACGAUUUUUCUUGCAUGUACAUUGCAUUAUAUUUAUUGCACCUCAUGUACCGUUUAACAUGGUUUGAGCGAAAUAAAUUGAAUUGAAUUGAAUCCAAUUGAUGAAAGAGUGAACAUUUUCGCCUUGUUUUGGUCUGUAAACAUAUGCCCCCCCCCCCCCCCCUCCCUGAAACAACAAAAUGUUUGGUGUAAAUUUGCUACUUGACAAUUUCUAAUACUCGUGAAAAGGAAUUUGUGUUUCAGGGGGAAAGAUGUUUUCAAAAUAUUUUCCGUUUUUCAUUGAUUUCUAUAACGAAAUACGUUAUUUUAACCCAAAUUAUAGAGUUAUCUCUCUUUGUUUUGCCAGAUAAAUAUUUUUUUAUGAAAAUUCAUAUAAAUAUCCAUUUUGACAUUUUAAAAAUGAUAAUUUUCACGAAACAAUACUAUCGUUCGCAGUUCUUAGCGGUACCGGUGUAUUAUGCCGUUACUACUAGGGUGAAAAUCCACUACGAUCCAAGAAUGGUUCUUCUAUAUGGACAUCAAUAACAAAUUCCUGAAAUAUUAAAGACGUUCUAUAAAGGUAGCUUACUAGUAUUAAUUCACUUCAAAAGUUAUUUAUUUGAAGUGUCUCUUGGUCUGGUUUUUUUUUUAAUUCGGUUGUCAUACAGUUGACAAAAUGAUUAACGAAAGUCUUUCGGAAGAUACAUUUAUCCAGUGCAUUUGCUAUGACCAUUUUGAAAUACUAAAUCCAUAUUAUAAAGUAUUAUGACAUGUCAAACGUGCAUUAUUAAAUAUUUUCCAUGUGUAUUGUAUUCCAUUUAUGUUGUAUCAUUUGUCAUUUGUAUAAGAUAUUUUCCAUUUGCCAUGUGAAAUUUUUGGUUUGUAUUAUGUAAAACUUAUACGGUACCAAUUUUGAUGCACCAGAUGCGCAUUUCGACAAAUAAUGUCUCUUCAGUGAUGCUCAACCGAAAUGUUUGAAAUCCGAAAUAACUAUGAAGUUUUAGAGCUAAAUAUUAUAUAAUCUUUCAUUUCUAUCGUAUAAUUUGUAUUGUAUUCGAGGGAUUUUUUUAAAUUUUGAUUUGUUAUAUGGCUUUGUUAAAAACCACUCUGAUUCCACGCACAAGUACUCUGAAGUUGAAAUAAAAGAUAUGCUAGA